AUGUCUUUUCGCAAGAGAAAUAUUGGACUUUCGGCAGGCGCUGAUCGCACCGGUGCCGUUAAUGCUAACGCACAGCCGCAACAGCCUUCUGCGACGCCAGAAUUGACUCCCGGAGUUCGCCCCUCCCCCGACGACGGGCGCCCGACUACUUCGACUGGUACUCCGUCGCUGGAUAACCUUCUGGCUGGGCAUGGAGGUCUUCCCAUCGGGAAGACACUGCUGAUUGAGGAGAAUGGAACUACGGAUUUUGCUGGUGCACUGCUAAGAUACUAUGCGGCAGAGGGUGUUGUGCAAGAUCAAAAGAUUCAUAUCGUGGGAAUGCCUGAACAAUGGGGAAGAAGUCUUCCGGGCUUGUUAGGCCCUGCUGAUGCUAUUGAUGACAAGCAAGACAAACGGAAAGGCGAGCGCAUGAAGAUCGCUUGGCGAUACGAGCGUCUGGGCGAGUUCGGAGCAGGAAUUGCUGGUUCAAGAGCGCCCUCAGGAGACCAGAGCCAAUCUGCCGCAGACCCAAACGUGGACAAGCGACCAGCAUUCUGCCAUGCGUUUGACCUCACGAAACGUCUCACUCACCCAUCCAUAGCCAACCUGAACUAUAUACCCCUCGCGCCAUCGAACGAGCCUUUGUUUGUGUCGAUUCACAAACGUCUUCAAGCUGCAAUUGCCUCUUGCCCGCCAAAUACUGUCCAUCGCAUCCUCAUCCCUUCGUUAUUAAAUCCCACGAUAUACCCACCCGAUUCCUGCCAGCCCGACAACCUUCUACCGUUCCUACACUCCCUCAGGGCUUUGAUGAGCGCGCAGGGCGCACGGGUGACGGCGAUGAUCACUCUGCCCUUGUCCCUUUUCCCCCGCGCCACGGGACUUGUGCGAUGGAUGGAAUUGUUGAGUGACGGUGUCAUUGAAUUGUGUCCCUUCCCGCACUCUUCUGAUGCUCUCGCAACCUCGGGUGCCGCUACUUCACAGGAGGAACCACCACAGGGCAUGCUGAAGGUCCAUCGACUACCAGUACUGCACGAACGUGGCGGUGGUAGCGAUCAGAACAUCGGACAGGAUUGGGCUUUCACGCUGAGCCGGAAGAAGUUCGAAAUCAAGCCGUUCAGCUUACCGCCAGCUGAAGGAGACAAGGAGGGGCAGGAUGCAGCGGUAACGGGUGGAAUGCCAAAGAAGGCGGAUCUUGAGUUCUAA